AUGUUUGCUCCCAAAACCUCCGCGCCGACUACGGGCGGUCUGUCAAUCAACACCACCCCAUCGAAUCCAUUGUUCGGAGGCUCUAGCACCCAAACAACUUCUACGGCUGCUCCGGGAGCAACGGGCACCACCACAGGCGGUCUAUUCGGUAACACGAGCUCGACAUCGCAGGCUAAACCGACAGGAGGUCUUUUUGGAGGCUUGGGUGGUGGUUCUACACAACAACCACAAGCUACUGGAUCUAACAUGCUCGGAACUGCAGCAAAUCAGCAACAGAGCGGAGCCACAGGAGGCGGCUUGUUUGGUGGCUCAACAACCACGGCGACUACACAACCCCAGUCAGGCGGUCUUUUUGGUUCUAGCACUACUCAAUCUGGGACAUCCGGGGCAACGGGAGGUGGUCUUUUCGGAGGAGGACUGGGUGCGACUUCGACUGCACAGUCCCAGGCAAAGCCCAGUGCUUUUGGUGGCCUCGGUACCUCAACUACUGGAGGUCUGUUUGGCGGCGGCGCCCAGACCACUCAACAACCUCAACAGCAACAACCCCCAAAGCCCACACUUUCGUUGUUCGGCAACCAAAGUACAACUCAGACCCAGCCAUCAUUACAGCAGAACACGACGACAGGGACCGUCGUUCAAGGCGUGAAGGUUGAUGUCAGCAAUCUCCUCCCCACGACGAAGUUUGAAAGCUGCGCCGAUGAGAUUCGCAACCAUAUUGAGAUCAUCGAUAACUACAUCCUGAAUCAGAUGAAAGUGUGCCACGAAGUUGCGGACAUGCUUCCGACCAUUGAGAAGCAGGGCUCCACGAUCCCCAAUGAUGUGGAGUUUGUGCAGGGAAAGUUGGAAACCAUGCAGCAUGCGCUAGAGAACGAUGCCGGUGAUAUCGAUCAACUUCGCAGCCUGGUGAUGCGGGAUGCAGCGGAAGCCCAGGUUGCGUUCCGUGCCAUUGAUACCCUGAAGCUGCCUCUGCAAUAUCAAUCUGCGGGAGGCGGUGGCUGGUGGUCCACCCAAAACCAGAAGGUUCCAGACCGACACUCGAUGCGCUCGGCUCGCAAGAAUACCCUGGCCCUGCCCGAUGACGUGGAGGGUGAUCCGUCCACCGCUACUAGUGUCAAUGGUGUCCCGGUCAAUUUGGUGGACUACUUCUCGCAAAGGUCGGAUGAGAUGGGCACCGUCCUGGAUCGCUACAAGGGCAACCUCAAGGAGAUCGAGGACCACCUACACAGCGUGGAACUCACGCUGAACCGCCAGAUUAGUGAGUUCGUCAGCUCCAAGUCCCGCGAUGGUGCCGGUGCGGGAACUCCUAAGUCGGCCGUGAAUGAUCUGGCUGCUGUACUUGGGGAUGUCGAGGCCGGUAUCAUGGGAGUUGCUUCUCGAUUGGGCAGCGUUUCGGAGCAGGUUCAGGAGGUAUCUCUUGGACCUCUGUCUGGUGGAGAUGGUCGACUCGGGAUCAAUUAA